ACUUGCUAUUGUGCGGGGCUCAUGUGAUGCUGACUGGGCGCUUCGGGGGAUUAUAAUGGACGGGAGGUGGGCGCCGGCCGUUCCCUCACUCUCCUUCUGGCACGAUACAAGCUUCGGUCGGCUCCCUCCCUUGCUUUGAACGUUGAGACGCCCCCUCCUGCCUCGCCUCACGCCCCUCGACACCGGUUCCUGGGCCCCUUCAGGAGUCAACCCGCAGGAUGACCCUCAAGACAUGGCUAAUCUACAGGUGGAAGCAGAUAUGCGCCGCCUGUGUCCUGGGCUGCUCGGUCAUCAUGACGGGCAACGUGGUCGGCUGGUCGGUGGAGGUGUCCCGGAUCAUGGAGGACCCGAAUACCAGCUUUAACUUCACCCAGGACGACCAUCAGUGGCUCGUGUCAUGCGGGGGUAUCGCUGCCAUCUUCUCCACGGCGGGCGCGGGCAUGCUGGUGGAGCUGGUGGGCCCGUGUCGCCUGCUCGGGUUCAUGCUCGUCCCCGCGGCCAUCGGGUGGAUCCUGAUGGCCACAACGCUCUCCCUGCCCUGGAUAUACGUGGGCAGGAUCAUCACCUCGGCUAUUGGCUUCAUGAUUACGACUGUCGCUCAGCCCGUGAUCGCUGAGAUGUGUCUACCUGACGUCCGCGGCCUCCUCUCGUCCCUCACGGAGAUCAUGGUCAGCGUCGGGAUGCUGCUCGUCUACAUCCUCGCGCGCUUCCUCUCCUGGCAGACCACCACCCUCAUCUGCGGCGUCAUCCUCUUCCCCCUCGUCACCGCCAUCCUCUUCGUGCCCGAGUCCCCUUACUGGCUGCUGCGAAGAGGCAAGGAGAAGAUGGCGUUGAGGUCUUUGCUGAGGCUCCGCGCUCCCGAACACGACGUGGACUCUGAGCUCAGCAACAUCCGCGAGGCCAUCACGCAGUCGCAGAACCACUCCAUCACGCAGCAGUUCCAGUCACUUCGGGAGACCGCCAACUACCGCCCCGUCCUUCUCGUCACCUCGAUCUUCCUCCUGCGCGAGCUCGGCGGCGCCAUGAACAUCUUUAUGUACGCCGUCUUCUUCUUCGAGAACGCCGGCGUGAUGCUCGACCCGUUCUCCUGCUCCGUGCUCCUCGGGGUCUCGCGUCUCAUCUUCACCAUCAUCAGCGCCUUCAUCAUCGACAAAGUGGGCCGCCGUCCGCUCCUCCUGACCUCCACCCUCGUCUGCGCCCUCACUCUCUACAUCACGGGCGGCGUGCUGACAAUGGAGGACCAGGGCAUAGGGUGGCUGCCGCUGACGUGCGUGCUGGUGUACGUGGCAUCCUUCGGCAUGGGCGUGGGACCCGUGCCCUGGAUCCUCCUCGGCGAGCUUCUCCCUACGCCCGUGAGGUCCAUCGGCGCCUCCAUCGUCACCUCCGCCUUCGCUAUCGUCCUCUUCAUCGUGACCAAUGUGUUCCCCGACGUGGCCCUGAGCAUCGGGGUGGAGAACGCCUGCCUCAUCUUCGCCUCCUUCCAACUGAUGCUCGCCCUCGUGGUCUUCCUCUUCGUGCCUGAGACGCGCGGCCGCACACUCGAGGACCUCCAGCAGGCCUUCGUGGGCAGCGAGGUGCUCACGCCCUUCUCCCAGUCGCUCUCGGUCCGGCAAGGCUACACACCGGCGUACGGCAGCACCUUCCCCUCCACCUCACAGGAAAAAGUUCGCUAGUCUGUCCAGCGGCUGAGACUCCCAAGGGCCUGAUCCAUGUCCACCGUUGCCAGAUUAUCGUACUCAGAGCCUCAUAUUCACCGGCUUCUGAGCCAUAUCUAUAGCUAUAAAACCCAAUAAUUAACCAUUUUAACGAUAACUAUAUAUGAAGGCAGUUAUUGGGGUCGAAGGGGCAGUUUUUGGGUCGGAUAUUGGCAAACAGAGGAGGCUGAGUACGACAAUCUAGCAACGUUGGCCAUGUCCCUCCCUUCAAGGCUGAUAUGGACAGGGUUGGUAUUUUCAGACACAUUCACCUCUAACAUCAACUCUAUAUAAACGCCACAGAG